AAUUUACAAAAACCGAUAACAGGGUGCUAAAGUAGUGGAUGAAGCUGGAACCCCAGUUUAAAAAAUUAGGGCUUCCUCUCUCUCUCUCUCUCUCUCUCUCUCUCUCUCUCUCUCUCUCUCUCUUCUGAUCCUCAUAGUUAUCUUCUUCCACAGUGUGCGAUUAAUAAUUAGGGUUCGCUGAAGGAGAUUGCGCAAUUGCACAAUUGGGGUUAGGGUUUCACCUUUCAGAGGCUCGUGGCUCGCGACCCACGUCGAGGACUCAGGUAAGGACUGGAUUCGGGUUUCCGCUUAAUCGAGUUUCAUGAAAGUGGAGCUAUAUGGCAACCUAUACAGGAAAAGGAGCCCCUUCAAAUGGGUCUAUUUAUGUUUGCAACUUGCCUGAGGGGACUGAUGAAAAUAUGUUGGCUGAACAUUUUGGCACCAUUGGCUUGUUAAAGAAAGACAAGCGAACAGGUCGACCAAAAAUCUGGCUAUACCGAGACAAAUUAACCAACGAACCCAAGGGAGAUGCUACUGUAACAUAUGAAGAUCCACAUGCUGCAUCAGCGGCCGUUGAAUGGUUUAAUGACAAGGAAUUCCAUGGUAAUACCAUUGGGGUUUUUAUAGCUGAGUCCAAAAGCAAAGAUGAUCAAACUCAUAACACUCUGGUUGAUCCAAGUUUUGGCGAUGAUUUUGAUGGACCGGAGGAAGCUGCUCAGGAUACGAAUGGGGGAGGCGGCGGCGGUAGAGGUCGAGGUGAUGCUACUGGGAAAGCAUGGCAACAAGAAGGAGACUGGACGUGCCCGAAUACAAGCUGUGCCAAUGUGAAUUUUGCAUUUCGUGGUGUGUGCAAUCGCUGUGGAAGUGCUCGACCUACCGGUACUUCUGGUGGCGCAGGGGGUGGUGGUCGUGGCAGGGGUCGUGGCGUUGAUGCUGGGGGCCGUGGUGGUCCUGUUGGUGCUCCUACAGGUGGACUCUUUGGUCCAAAUGACUGGCCUUGUCCAAUGUGUGCCAACAUCAAUUGGGCAAAGCGUACAAAAUGCAAUAUAUGCAACACAAAUAAACCUGGUCACAAUGAAGGGGGUGUAAGGGGGGGACGUGGUGGUGGAUACAAGGAACUUGAUGAAGAAGAAUUAGAAGAAAUCAAGCGACGUAGACGGGAGGCAGAACAAGAUGAUGGAGAGAUGUAUGAUGAGUUUGGCAACCUCAAGAAAAAAUUUCGUGCUAAAACACAUCCAACUGAAACUGGACGAGCUCUUCCAGGCGCUGGACGUGCUGGGUGGGAGGUGGAGGAAAUAGGUGCUAUUGACAGAGAUGGCAGAGAGAGAAAUAGAGAGAGGGGAAGGGAACGCGAUGAUAGACCGAGCAGCAAGAACAGAGACAGAGAUGAUGGUUAUAGGCGUCGCAGUCGAAGUAGAGAAAGGGAUAGGGAUAGGGGGAGAGAUAGACCUCGAGACUAUGAUUAUGAUCGAGAAAAAGAAUACGGGAGGGAGAGGGAUCGAGACCGGGACCGGGACCGGCACAGGCACCGUUAUUGAAGGUUACGGGAUAGUUUCCAAGUUUUGGUUCUCCGCGGAACUGCAUUUGUGUUGAACUUUGUUUUACUUUGGCAUUUUAAGCUAGUCGAAUGGAGAAUACGUGUUUAUUUGCACUAUCAGAAUCUUGCUUUCAACAUUUUUAUUAAGUUAAGAAAUAUUAUUAAUUGUGUUAUGGGAA